AUGUCUACAAGUACUAAAGCACCUCCAACAAGUACAACUAGAGUGACCUCCACAACAGCUGUUCCAACUUCAACUACAAUAUCUACAAGUACUACAGCUUCUCCAACAAGUACAAGUAGAAUGACCUCCACAGCAAUUGCCCCAACUUCAACUACAACGUCUACAAGUACUACAACUGCUCCUACAAGUACAACUAGAAAGACCUCCACAACAGCUCCAACUUCAACUACAAUGUCUACAAGUACUACAGCUCCUCCAACAAUUACAACUAGAGUGACCUCCACAACAGCUGCUCCAACUUCAACUACAACGUCUACAAGUACUACAACUGCUCCUACAAGUACUACUAAAAUUACCUCCACAACAGCUGCUCCAACUUCAACUACAAUUGCAGCUAAAAUAACCUCCACAACAGCUUCAACUACAACGUCUACAAGUACUACAGCUCCUCCUACAAGUACAAGUAGAAAGGCUUCCACAACAGCUCCAACUUCAACUUACUACAACUGCUCCUACAAGUACUACAAAGAUGACAUCCGCAACAGCUGCAACUUCAACUGCAAUGUCUUCAAGUACUACAGCUCCUCCUACAACUACAACUAG